AUGUGGUUGUUUAGAAGAAAAGGGCCAUCUGGGUUCUCGUCGUCUUCAACGGCAGAAGAAGUUACUCAAGGGAUUGAUGCCAGUGGAGCAUCCAGUGGUAUUGGCACCGAAACAACACGCGUUCUUGCACUGCGUGGUGCCCAUGUGAUUAUGGGAGUGAGGAAUAUGGCUGCUGGUAAAGAUGUGAAAGAAGCAAUAGUUAAGGAAAUCCCCACUGCCAAAAUUGAUGCCAUUGAAUUGGAUCUCAGUUCAUUAUCAUCUGUGAGGAAAUUUGCCUCGGAGUUUAAAUCCUCUGGUCGUCCUCUAAACAUUCUAAUUAACAAUGCAGGAAUUAUGGCCACCCCUUUCAUGCUUUCGAAAGACAACAUAGAACUUCAGUUUGCCACAAACCACGUAGGUCAUUUUCUUUUGACCAAUCUUUUGUUGGAUACUAUGAAAAAAACAGCACGUAAAAGCAGCAAAGAAGGGAGAAUUGUAAAUGUGUCCUCAGAAGCUCACCGGUAUCCAUAUCGGGAAGGAAUCCGUUUUGAUAAAAUUAACGACCCAUCAGGGUACAGCAGUUUUGCUGCAUACGGUCAAUCCAAGCUUGCUAACAUUUUGCACGCUAAUGAGCUUGCAAAACGUUUAAAGGAAGAUGGAGCAGAUAUAACUGCAAACUCACUUCACCCUGGUGCAAUUGUUACGAAUCUUUUCCGUCACAACAGCACCAUUAAUGGGCUUGUUAAUUUGCUCGGUAGAGCCGUGCUUAAAAGUGUUCAGCAGGGAGCAGCAACAACAUGCUACGUAGCACUGCAUCCACAAGUGAAGGGGGUAACAGGUGAAUAUUUUUCAGACAGUAACCUAGCCAAGCCAAGGCCACAAGGUCAAGACGGGGACUUGGCGAAGAAACUCUGGGAUUUCAGCAUGGAUUUGGUGAAAUGA